AUGGCUGCUCCACCUGCUAGGGCCAGGGCGGACUAUGAUUACCUCAUAAAGCUUCUCCUUAUCGGAGACAGCGGUAAGUGAAUCGCUUUUCCCUUUGCCCAUGUUUUCCGUUUGCGUUUAAUUCUCUUAUAAGUUUUUCCCUUGCAAUAGAUUGGUUACAUGACAUUGGUUUGGAUUUUUCGUGGCCCGCCCUUGCGUGUCUUCAUUUGUGACAUUGCGCGAAUGGAGAUCUCAUUUUGGCAUCUAUUGCAAGUUUUUUUUUCCCACGUGGCUAGAGCUUGGGCUCUGGUUGAUCGGCUGAUCGCGAACCUUACCGCAGCUGAGAUUUUAACCCCCUAGUAACGUGUUCAUUCUCUUUCCUUCGAGUUUUCGUGCACCCGUCUGCUUUAAAUGGAACACCCACUCACAAAAACAUUUGAUUGGGCGCUUGUGCUACUUGCUAUUCAUGCGUUUGUUUUCGGAUUAGUACUUUUUUGUUUGAUCUAUGAUUGUCUGCUGGGUAAAGACGUGAAUCCCUUUACCAUUUUUUUUAUCCUUCAUUUUGUGUGAUUUGUCUAAAAGCAAGCUUCAAUUAUCUUGCGUAUCGCGGGUUCAGUUCUGUUAACAUUUGAAUCAGAAAAGUUCGUGUUUCCUUGUGUUCCCAGUUCAAAUUCUAUGUAAGAACUUUUUUUUAGACUCAAUUUUUCUGUUGGUACAAAGAUGACCCUAACGAGUUCUAGUUGUCAUAUCCUCGUUAUUUUAGUUUUUCUCACCAUUCAAAAUUUGUUCUUUAAACUUCACGAUUACUCAUGAUGCGUGACACAAAUGGUGUUUCCCAUUAUGACCUCAGUAAAUAAAUUUAUUUUACAAGUUGGAUCUUCAGUUUCACUCAUAUCAGUAUUUCUGAUCCUUAUCUGACCUCAGUGGUAUUUUUUUUUUGCCCUUCAGUGCUACUUCUUCACGCUAGGAACAUCUAUUGUUCUUUUUUUUUCUCUGUUCUUUCACCAUCUCCCUAACAUGUUCUCAUUUCAUCUUCAUUACGUAGUGUAUUUAUGCUGCGAUCCUCAACAUGUAAUGUGUUCUUUUAUAUUUUUUUUGAUGGGCGGGAAUUGUUUUUCAUAGCUCCUAGUAAGUUUUCCUCUGUAGUUUCUCACUUGUAUGGAGCAUUAUACUAUGUCUAGGAGCUGUUAGUUUUGCUCAGUUUUUGUCUCUAUAGAGCAUUAGCCUACGUCUAGAAGCAUGAAUUGCAAUGAUUGUUUAUGAGACCCUCCACUAUGCGCCUUCAAGGUGAAAAUUAGCCCCUUUUCGGAACCUGAGUUAAUUAAUAGCUUCACGUAGCCCACCAUCACGGACGUUUUUUCCUGAUAUUUUCGGCAUUUGAAUAAAAAGAUAUCGUACAUAAUUGUGCUGAUGCAUGUUAACGACGAAAAUAGUUUUUCACCUUCAAUUUUCCCUUGGAACUUCUGGCGUUUCUGUAUUCCCCUUUAUUAAAUAUUUUCUGCAUUCUCAAAAUCAAUUAUUGUGGAGUGGGUAGCAACUUGACGUCUCUGCUUAUCUCAUUUCAAGAUAGAAAGUUAUCUUUGGAAUGAAGUGAUGAGAAAUGAUGACUAUCCUUCUCAUUGAAGAUAAACGGGAGAUCUGGAGGCGUCUUUCCUAGGUGGCAUCAUGAGCUAAUUGAAAGAGCGAUCAACUUCCCUUGAACAUAAAUCGAAAUGAAAACAUGAAAACUUCUGCCUUUUUAUUCAGCGAAUCGGAUUUGAAAAUACAUGCUGAAACUGAAUUUUUCAUCAUUAAUGGCUGAAUAAAAAUCUUUCUUAUGAUGAAAGAGUGAAAACAGAACGUUGGUCCCUACAUGGUUCUUAGUUUAUGCAUAGGCCCAAUCCAUAUUGUUCACUUGAAUUAGGCCAUAUCUGCCUUCUUCAUGGUGUGUUUCAUUUUGCUUCGCAUAUGGAAAGGUCUACCGAAAACUGAAUUGAAAUUCAAUAUUUUUGGGAAAUGUCUGGUAGCUAGAGUGACGGACUCUUAAUUCGCUCGCUUUCUGUGCUUUCAACCCCUCCUGUCAUGUUGAAGAACGACGAUCACAUGUGGAGGAUUAUAUUUUUGACACGUUGUUUGCUCUUUGGAUUAGGAAGAACUUGACUGCACAAAAUUCCAUCUUCUCAUUUGCAACUUCGUGACUCUCAUUUAUGGAUCUUCUAAGACAUCUGCAUUAUUUACAAUUGAGAGUAUUAUUCCACGAGCUAGUUUCCAUGGAAUAUGUUUUUUGAAGUAGUCUGAAGAAUAUGGGUGGAACUUGCACUAUGACGUCAGGUUGGGAACUUGCACUAUGGCUGUUGGAACUUGAACUAUGGCAAGCUUUCUGUAUCCUGAAAUUAGUCGCAAGCAGAGGGGAUUCGGUGGCCCGUCUGAUGAAUGUCAUCUUACAUGAUUUGGUCCGCUCCCAAGGCAUUAUAUCCUUAUGCGUUUUUGCAUCCAAACUCAUGGACUUCAAGCCUAGGAAUGGCAUUUGCAUUUGGUUGUUAUUUUUGCGUUUUUGCAUCAUAUGUAGAAUGCCAGUCGUUGUACCUUUAAACAUUGUGUUCUGAUGUCUUUGCCAAGGAUGUUCUAACCACUUAAAUCUUAGGCUGGACGUAGUCUCAUAACAGUUGCUGGUCAGCAUAUCGUUUACCUGUUUAUUGCACUAGCAGUGCCUGGCAGCUUAGUGACAGUUCAUCUAGGUCAUAUGUUACCUUAUAUCAGAAGACUAGAAUUCGGAAAUGUGGUAAUUCACCAUUUGAGCGUUUUUUUUAUAUCCAUCGUCGGCUGCAUGCUAACGCUAGAUAAUUAGAAGUAUGGAAAGGUUGGAGUCACAACGCAAGUACUUAAUUUAUCAAGAAUCAUCUAACCACCCAUGUCAUUUGUUCUUGCUGCUUGGUUCUCGAAUUAUUUACCAUACGUUAAUACUUAUAUGAUAAAGUGGGGACAACUUGAAUGCAAAAUGUGAACUUCUUUUCAAAGGUUAAAAAGAAACCCCCAUGGUGAAGGAAUUUCUUCAUAUCUCUGAAUACUUUCCCAUGUUCCAUUUUUUUCUCUUCAACCUUAUUAUUGAUAUGAUAUGAGCCGAUGGAUUCUCACAUUCUAGUUUGUUGCCCUCAUGACUAUCUGGUACCACUUAUCAGAUAAAUGCUUGAUGCCUGAUGGAAUUCAAGGUCUUUCUUCAUACAUGUAAAUUUAUUGAACAAUGUCUUCAGCUUCUGAUAUUCAUAGGUGAACAAAAAAAUGCUCUUCAUACCAUUAUUGGAAAAAUCAAUGCAUGUUGUUCUAAAAAAUUAUUCGGUGGACGGGGAAAACAAGUAGACUUAGUUUUAUCAGUAAAUAUUUUAUUUGGCCUUCUCAAAGAUGAUUAUUCAUUGCAGGUGUCGGCAAGAGUUGCCUUCUUUUGCGUUUCUCUGAUGGAUCCUUCACGACCAGUUUCAUCACUACAAUUGGGUGUGGUUUUUUAACCCCAAACUGAUUGGCUUAAAUAUUCCUUCUUUUUUUAAAAAAAUGUGAAGAAUCCUUUUUCUCUUUCGGGAUUUUUUUCUUUUCUUUUCUGAUCAUAGAUAUCAUAACAUUCUUGCAGCAUUGAUUUUAAGAUAAGAACAAUCGAGCUGGAUGGUAAGAGGAUCAAACUACAAAUUUGGGAUACUGCUGGUCAGGAACGAUUUAGAACAAUCACAACGGGUAUGCUUUUGUUGUCACUCAUUCAAGCAUUUCAAUCCUCAUUACCAUGUGAAUGAUCUAACGGGAAAAUGAAAAAAAUGAAAAGAGGCUAUAGGGGCAUCUUUUCUAUGCUGAUUAAUUUACGUCUUCCACAGCUUAUUAUCGUGGAGCAAUGGGUAUUCUGCUGGUUUAUGAUGUCACUGAUGAGUCUUCUUUCAACAGUAUUCCUUCUUCCUCACUCCGUGCAUCGUCUCUCUCUCUCUCUCUCUCUCUCUCUCUCUCUCCCAUCCUCGUAAGCCUGUUCUAUGUCUGCAGAUAUAAGGAAUUGGAUCAGGAACAUCGAGCAGCACGCUUCUGACAACGUCAAUAAGAUAUUGGUAGGCAACAAGGCCGAUAUGGAUGAAAGCAAGAGGGUAAGUUCGCUCGCCCACCAACUGGUCAUUAACCCAUUUCCUCACAUCAGUUCCCAUGCUUCCCGCAUCUCGUAUAUUCUCUCGUCUCCACUUGCAUAUUAAAAGCAAGCUUUUGCAGGCGGUGCCCACUUCCAAGGGUCAGGCACUGGCCGACGAAUACGGCAUCAAGUUCUUCGAGACUGUCAGUAGCUUUUCUCUCCCCCCCCCUCUCUCUCUCUCUCUCUACCUGUCUCUCUGUUUCAAGCCUGGUCGCUUCUUUCUCUUCUCUUUCAAGAGUCUUAAGUCGCCUCCUUGCUGCCUCCGCAGAGUGCAAAGACGAACCUGAACGUGGAGGAGGUGUUCUUCUCAGUUGCCAGGGACAUAAAGCAGAGGCUCGUGGAGAGCGACACCAAAGCGGAGGUGGGUUGGCUUUUCUCUCUCUCCAACUUGUUCCCCCCUUAAGUCUCCAGCCUCAACAAUCAAUCCCCACCGCUCCUGCAGGAUCGGACGAUCAAGAUCAGCAAGCCGGACCAGGCUGCCGGAGACGGGGCGGCGCCGCCGCGGUCAGCCUGCUGCGGGACCUGA